AUGGCCGAAGUGGAACGAACAUCGUCCGCAGCUGCAGGGGUAGCAACAAGCACAGGGCCGGCGCCCCUCGGCUCGGUCGCGGAACCAUUCGAUCUCAUCAGGCUGUCCAUCUCAGAGCGCGUCUAUGUCAAGCUACGAGGCGAUCGUGAGCUGCGAGGAACUCUGCAUGCUUACGACGGACACAUGAACCUGAUCCUAGGGGAUGUGGAGGAGACCAUCUAUGUGGUUGAUAUCAACGACGAGACUGGGGCCGAGACUGUUCGUGUGGUCAAACGUCAAAGCGAGAUGCUCUUUGUGCGCGGUGACAGCGUCAUCCUCGUCUCGCCCCCUUCGAGCACGUGA